GGCUGCUCGUCAGUCGUCAUUCAGCAAACCCUCCCAUUGCGGCGGCUCCUCCACCAGCCUCCUCCCCUGCGCGCCACCCCAUGGUGACCUUCCCCAUCCCGUCACCGACAGCCUCCACACCGUGUCCAGCGAGAGCUAGGCCUCCCCGACGGCCUCCUCAGGCUCAGGGAGGCAGCGCAUGGCGGCCAUGACAUCGAGAGCGCGCCCGGCGACCUCCACAGCAAGGCCACGCUCAGCAACCCCUCCAUGCUUUAACUAUGGUGAAAAAUAAACAAUAUGCUGCCAUUAGCUCCGGGGAAAGUUCCAAAACUCAGGAAGCUACAAGAACCCCUGGACAGGGCCCUUCACAGAGAGUUGAGAGAGGUCAGCAGCGUGGAGGUAGCAACCGGGCACAUGCCAAUACUCAAUAUUCUCAACAAGGAGGUCGUGGUGGUGGGCAUUACCAGGAUCCAGCAUCACAGCAACCACCUGGGGGUCCUGUUAAGUAUCAAGCACAUGGGUAUUAUGGCCACGGUGGCCCAAACCAAAGAGGAAUGUCACAACCAUACCAUGACGGGCGUAGGAGUGGCGGUGGUGGAAGAGGAGUUCCUAUUACUCCAUCAAUAACACUUCCCGAACUGCACCAAGCCCCACAAGUUCAGCACCAAGUUCCUGUGGUUACUCCUUCACCGCGGGAAACUGGCUCAUCCUCACUAGGUGUUGAUAUGAACACUGGACAACUCCAGCUACAGUUUCAGCAACUUGUUAACCUAGGUCAAAGUUCCUCUGGACAGGGUAUCCAAUUAGCACCACCAUCGAGUAAAUCUGUAAGAUUUCCAAUGCGCCCUGGCAAGGGUAAAUUAGGCAAUAGGUGCAUCGUGAAAGCAAAUCAUUUCUCUGCUGAACUGCCUGAUAAAGAUCUUCAUCAAUAUGAUGUCUCUAUAACUCCCGACGUCCCUUCACGUGGUGUCAAUCGUGCAGUCAUGGGGCAGCUUGUAACCCUCUUCAGGCAAUCUCAUUUGGGUGGUAGUCUUCCUGCCUAUGAUGGAAGGAAGAGCCUAUAUACUGCUGGGCCAUUGCCAUUCACUUCUAGGACCUUUGAAAUUAUUCUUCAGGAUGAGGAGGAUAGACUUGGUGGUGCGCAAGCUGCACAAAGGCGUGAAAAACAUUUUACGGUCGUCAUAAAGUUCGCGGCGCGCGCUGAUCUCCAUCAUUUAGCUAUGUUUUUGGCUGGGAGGCAAGCAGAUGCUCCUCAAGAAGCUCUUCAAGUGCUUGACAUCGUUCUACGUGAACUGCCUACAGCAAGGUAUUCCCCAGUUGCCAGGUCAUUUUAUUCACCUAACUUAGGGAGGCGCCAGCAACUCGGUGAUGGCUUGGAAAGUUGGCGUGGCUUUUACCAGAGCAUACGGCCCACACAGAUGGGACUUUCACUGAAUAUUGAUAUGUCAUCUACAGCAUUCAUCGAGCCUUUGCCUGUGAUUGAUUUUGUUGCACAACUUUUGAACAGAAACGUAUCAGUUAGACCAUUAUCAGAUGCUGAUCGGGUGAAGAUCAAGAAGGCUCUACGAGGUGUAAAGGUUGAGGUCACACAUAGAGGCAAUAUGCGCAGAAAGUAUCGUAUAUCUGGCCUUACCUCGCAAGCAACAAGAGAGUUAACUUUCCCUAUAGAUAAUCAUGGUACUGUGAAGACAGUAGUGCGAUACUUCCAGGAGACAUACGGUUUUAACAUUCAGCAUACUACUUUGCCUUGCUUGCAAGUGGGCAAUCCACAGAGGCCAAAUUACCUUCCCAUGGAGGUCUGUAAGAUUAUCGAGGGACAGCGUUACUCAAAACGACUGAAUGAGAAGCAGAUAACUGCUCUUCUUAAAGUGACCUGCCAGCGCCCCCAACAGAGGGAGCUGGACAUUUUGCAGACAGUGAAUCACAAUGCAUACCAUGAGGAUCCAUAUGCGCAGGAGUUUGGUAUAAGGAUUGAUAAGAAACUUGCAUCAGUUGAAGCUCGUAUCUUACCUCCCCCUAGACUUAAAUACCACGAUAGUGGCAGAGAGAAAGAUGUAUUACCAAGAAUUGGCCAAUGGAAUAUGAAGAAUAAGAAAAUGGUCAAUGGUGGGAGAGUGAAGGACUGGACAUGCAUUAACUUUUCACGACAUGUCCAAGAUAGUGCAGCAAAGAGUUUCUGUCAUGAGUUGGCUGUCAUGUGCCAAAUAUCUGGGAUGGAGUUUUCAAUCGAUCCUCUGCUUCCUCCUUUAACUGCGAGACCUGAACAUGUAGAAAGAGCACUCAAGGCACGCUAUCAAGAUUCCAUGACUGUGUUGAAACCACAGGGCAGGGAACUUGACCUGCUUAUUGUAAUUUUACCUGACAAUAAUGGUUCUCUUUAUGGUGAUCUCAAAAGAAUAUGUGAGACAGAUCUUGGAUUGGUCUCUCAAUGCUGUCUCACGAAACAUGUUUUUAAGAUGAACCAGCAGUAUCUUGCAAAUGUCGCCCUUAAAAUCAAUGUUAAGGUGGGAGGAAGAAAUACUGUACUUGUCAAUGCUUUGUCAAGGAGAAUUCCCCUUGUCAGUGACAGACCAACCAUUAUAUUCGGUGCAGAUGUUACCCAUCCUCAUCCUGGAGAGGAUUCUAGCCCUUCCAUUGCAGCUGUUGUUGCUUCUCAAGAUUGGCCUGAGAUCACCAAGUAUGCUGGAUUAGUGAGUGCACAAACCCGUCGCCAGGAGUUGAUACAAGAUCUUUUUAAAGUGCAGCAAGAUCCUCAGAGAGGGAGUAUAGCUGGUGGAAUGGUUAGAGAACUUCUCAUUUCUUUUAAGAGAUCAACUGGACAGAAACCCCAGAGGAUCAUAUUCUAUAGAGAUGGUGUUAGUGAAGGGCAGUUCUAUCAGGUUCUGUUGUAUGAGCUUGAUGCCAUUAGAAAGGCUUGUGCAUCAUUGGAGCCCAAUUAUCAGCCACCUGUUACCUUUGUGGUGGUCCAGAAGCGUCAUCAUACACGGCUCUUUGCUAAUAACCACAAUGAUCAGCACAGUGUUGAUAGAAAAAGUGGAAACAUAUUACCUGGAACUGUGGUUGAUUCAAAGAUAUGUCAUCCUACCGAGUUUGAUUUCUACCUUUGUAGCCAUGCUGGCAUUCAGGGAACAAGCCGCCCUGCGCAUUACCAUGUCCUGUGGGAUGAAAACAAAUUUACUGCCGACGGUUUGCAGACUCUCACGAACAACUUGUGCUACACCUAUGCAAGAUGCACUCGUUCUGUAUCAAUUGUGCCUCCUGCAUACUAUGCUCAUCUUGCGGCUUUUCGAGCUCGGUUCUACUUGGAACCGGAUACUUCCGACAGUGGGUCGGCCAUGAGUGGUGCCACGACAAGCCGUGGCCCUGCUAGUGCGCGCAGCAAUAGAGCUGCUGGGAACGUUGCUGUUAAACCGCUGCCUGACCUAAAGGACAACGUGAAGCGUGUCAUGUUUUACUGUUAAAUUCAGGUGGCAACCACACUCACAGCCGAAUGUGCGUGUUCAUCAAUCGUGUUGCUGUUGAGCUUUGGUGAACUACUGUUUUGAAGAUUAAUGUCUUGGAAAAUCAAGCUUUCUCGGAAUUCUUUCCACGGUAACUCUGGUGCUGUGAGUCAUUUGCUGAGGUGUCCUGGUCAGAGUGCCAGGUUAUUAUUCGCAAAAAAGAAAGAGUGCCAGGUCAUUAGAUGUUUAUUAUCACCGAGCAUUCAAUAAGGAUACUGAGCGAUUCUCGAAAUGUUCUUAGAUGUAAACCUACAGCUAGCUCAGUAUUUUUGUACUUUGGACCUUUGUUCCUGGUACGGUAUAGUGAAACCAUAGUAUUUGCCUAUCUUCUCGUUGCGGCCGCAGGAAAGCAACCCUCUGUAGUUACAUAAAAUAUAAGUGACCUCUGCAGCGCUACCAUGCUUUCAGGA